AUGAGCCUUCUCCGGCUAACGCGAUGUUUGGCAUCCCUUGCACGGAUCCUACCGGGAAGGCUAAGCACGAACCUUAGAAAACACUCCAAACCGCGUCGUAGCCGUUCCGAAUCCACUUUAUCAUCGUCGAAUGCUGUAGAGGUUGAUAAGCAGAAGUCAGCGGAGGGUGUACUUCUCAAUUUUUACCGUCUUUUAAAUGACGCCACAACAUCCACGCAUCCAUUGGCUUUCAUGAAGUUACACGCGGCGGCGGGCGCUGCAAUGCGGCAGUGUCUGCAGUGCGGCAGCGCCGAUGAGGCUCUUGCCGUAUAUCACACCCUCUGCAGUUGCGGCCUUGUCGAGCAAGCCUCAUUGCCUGUCGAGGGGAAUGCGGCGGAGGGACAGUUGAGCCUUGAGAAGAUGGCUCUUGAGGCAUUGCGGUGCAUUCCGCACCGUGUGCGCAGAGGGGCUGUCGUCUCUCAGUUUGUGGUCGCGGAGGCAAGGGAGAAGCUGAUUAAGGGACACUGGCAAAGCUAUUCUCCAGGUUCGUCUAGCACUAGGAGGCCCCCAUCUCCAGCGGCAGCGGAAGCCGCCACAUUUGCUUUUAAUAUUACCAAAGGCGGAAAAAUAUCUGAAGUGGAGCGGUUCCGUAUCGAUCUUCACCGCAACAUCCAGCUUUUAUGCACUUCCAAGUAUUCACAACUCCAAAUCGGUCGGAAUUUUUUGUUGAGAAAGUUGUACGACAUCGGAGUCUCCGCGCGCCUGCAAGCAGAAAUUGAGAUUCAACCGAUGUGUUUGCUUUCCGGUGGCGUAUUGUGGCAUCCCUUCGCCUACGCCACACCAACGAUGCCAUGGGCGCAACGUCUAAGCCACUUCGACGACUUGGGACCCUUUCCUGACUCCAUCAAAACCCUGAGUGAGGCUCAAAUGGAGGGGUUGGAGGCUGUGUGGGAAUCAACGGCUUCCCUACGGCAACUGUCCCGUAACACUCUUAUGUUUUUGACCUCGCUUGCCACUGAAUGGGAUCAGAUCUUCCUAAGACGCGUCGCGGAGACGCUUAUUUUGCCUGAUCAGGCCCAUAAUGUCUUUCCUACAUCGUAUAAUCGGCCCCAGACCUCACCAAGCACCGCCAGGCACGAGUCCACGAACGAGACAGACAAGGUUGACGCUCAAGGAAAAAAACAUCUGCCUUCCAGAACAAAGUGGACAGACCCUGCAUAUGAGCUCUUUACAUCUGUGGCCAUGAAUUCCCUAGAAGCUGCCCUCCGGAGGGCGGAGAUCAUUGUGAAGCGUCGGUUCCACCACGGUAUCGUGGUCCCUGACGCGCUCUACAUAUUGCUCUACUCCAAUCAAUUGCAACAGAUGGGGCGGCAUCGUGAGAUUGUUUUAACACAUGGUGUUUUACUCGACCUUUUACACGUAGCUCUGCAUCAUUGUGACCCUCGUCGUUUCAACGCCAGGCGUGUAUUGCGUGCCUUUAUGCUGGCCACAACAACAUCACUUACAAAGCGUAAUUUUUCUAACUCACGACACGCAUCUACUAUGCCAUUCUAUCAGAUGCAUGAUGGCGGGGUCACGGUGCUUGGUCUCCAAGAUGAGUUGGCGCUGCUGGAUGGCUGCCCAGAACGUUUCUACGUUGGCGAAUCCGGACUUGCUGGGGACGCUUUGGGCGGCCUAGCGUACUCACAAGCACUUCAGCGAGCAGGGCAGCAAACCCAUAGCCUCGGGCAUCUUUCGGCAGUACUAGUGGCCAAACAACUCGAAAGAAUGGUGAACAUUCAUCGCAAAGGUCUCAGCUUCGUGACCGCGAUGAGGUCAGAUAGUGAAACACAAAAGAUGGGCCUUAGCCAGUUUGUAGAUGAUAUCGUUAACUGCACUUUUCCCCAAAUCCCUGAGACAGAAGACUGCGAAAAUCAACGACCGCAACUUUUCAAGAAUCAACCUCGUUCAUACUGGUCUCGUAGCUCUGUGGUAGUUGCCACCACCAGCGCUAACACACGGUCAUUGGCUUUUACAUUAGGUAUCAACACAUUCCCACCAAUUAGUGCGUCAUAG